AUGUCUGCCCCAGCAUCCAAGUUCAAGGUCGCUGACCUCAGUCUUGCUGCCUUCGGUCGCAAGGAAAUUGAGCUCGCUGAGAAUGAGAUGCCAGGUUUGAUGGCCACUCGUGAGAAGUAUGCUGCCGAUCAACCUUUGAAGGGUGCCCGUAUUGCUGGAUGUUUACACAUGACCAUCCAAACUGCUGUCUUGAUUGAGACCCUCACAUUCCUCGGAGCUGAGGUUACCUGGUCAUCAUGCAACAUUUUCUCCACCCAAGACCAUGCCGCUGCUGCUAUUGCUGCUGCCGGUGUCCCAGUCUUUGCCUGGAAGGGUGAGACCGAGGAGGAAUACAACUGGUGUUUGGAACAACAACUCGUUUCCUUCAAGGAUGGCAAGAGCUUGAACUUGAUCCUCGAUGACGGUGGAGAUCUUACUCAACUCGUACACAACAAAUACCCAGAGAUGUUGAAGGACUGCUACGGUGUUUCUGAGGAGACCACCACUGGUGUUCACCACUUGUACAAGAUGUUGAAGAACAAGGGUCUCCUUGUCCCAGCUAUCAACGUUAACGACUCCGUCACCAAGUCAAAGUUCGACAACUUGUACGGAUGCCGUGAAUCUUUGGUCGAUGGUAUCAAGCGUGCCACCGAUGUCAUGAUUGCUGGUAAGGUUGCCGUUGUCGCCGGUUUCGGUGAUGUCGGAAAGGGUUGUGCUAUGGCUCUCCACGGAAUGGGUGCUCGUGUCAUUGUCACUGAGAUUGAUCCUAUCAACGCUCUCCAAGCUGCUGUUUCCGGAUACCAAGUCAUGCCAAUGGAGAAGGCUGCUUCCCAAGGUCAAAUCUUCGUUACCACCACUGGAUGCAGAGACAUCUUGACUGGUGAGCACUUCGAGGCCAUGCCAAAUGAUGCUAUCGUCUGCAACAUUGGUCACUUCGAUAUUGAGAUUGACGUUGCCUGGUUGAAGGCAAACGCUGCUAGCGUUCAAAACAUCAAGCCCCAAGUCGACAGAUACCUCAUGAAGAACGGUCGUCACAUCAUCCUCCUCGCUGAGGGUCGUCUCGUUAACUUGGGAUGUGCCACCGGUCACUCUUCCUUCGUUAUGUCCUGCUCCUUCACCAACCAAGUCCUUGCUCAAAUCAUGUUGUUCAAGUGCGAGGAUGAGGCUUUCGGCCAAAAGUAUGUCGAGUUCGGCAAGACCCAAAAGCUCGAGGUUGGUGUCUACGUUCUCCCAAAGAUCUUGGACGAGACCGUUGCCAAGCUCCAUUUGGCACACGUCAACGCCGAGUUGUCCAAAUUGACCCCAGUUCAAGCCGAGUACCUUGGACUUGAGGUUGAGGGACCAUUCAAGGCUGAGAUCUACAGAUACUAG